UUCCUUUUUCUUCCGGUCAGAAAUCAGAAAGACUUCAUCAUGACCAACACAAAGGGUUAUAGACGUGGAACACGUUAUAUGUUCUCAAGACCAUUCAAGAAGCAUGGUGUUAUUCCAUUGUCUACAUACAUGAAAAUAUACAAAAGAGGAGACAUUGUCGAUAUUAAGGGUCAUGGUGCAGUACAAAAGGGUAUGCCCCACAAAAUAUACCAUGGCAAAACUGGUCGUAUCUUUAAUGUGACACCUCAUGCUGUCGGUGUUGUUGUUAACAAAAGAGUAAGACAUAAGAUUUUACCCAAGAGAAUCAAUGUAAGGAUUGAGCACAUUAAGCACUCAAACUGCAGAUUGGAUUUCUUAAAGAGAGUCCAAGAAAAUGGUGAAAAGAAGAAGGAAGCCAAGGCCCAGGGUGUCAAAUUCAACCUCAAACGACAGCCCAAAGAACCAAAAGGAGCCAGAUUUGUGAGGACAAAAUAUAACAAGCCACAGAUCUUAGAACCAAUACCCUAUGAAUUUAUUGCAUAAGGACUUAUAAUAAAGUGGUCUGAGAAUUA